GGUGACUCGGCUGGCCGCCUCGGGCAGGUGUGCCUGGGUGCACCCGGCUGCGCCCCUGACGCUUCGCUUCUCUGUUUCCUGGACAAGGUGGUGGUGAAAACGAAGACCCAGUAUGAGCCCGAUCGCAAGAAAGGCAAAGCGCGUCCUCCCAAGAUCGCCGAGUUCACCGUCAGCAUCACCGAGGGCGUCACCGAGAGGUUUAAGGUCUCUGUGCUGGUCCUCUUCGCCCUGGCUUUCCUCACCUGCGUCGUCUUCCUGGUCGUCUACAAGGUGUACAAAUAUGACCGUGCCUGCCCCGACGGCUUCGUCCUCAAGAACACCCAGUGCAUUCCAGAAGGCUUGGAGAGCUACUACGCAGAGCAAGACUCCAGUGCCCGGGAGAAGUUUUACACAGUCAUCAACCACUACAACCUGGCCAAGCAGAGCAUCACGCGCUCCGUCUCACCCUGGAUGUCCGUUCUGUCGGAAGAGAAGCUGUCCGAGCAGGAGACCGAAGCCGCCGAUAAGUCAGCUCAGUGAGGUGGGCAGGUUCCUCACCGCGGGUCACUCGGAGGUAACAAAGGGACUUGGAGGGACGUUUCAUCAAAUAUAAUUACCGAUAACUUAGAGGUUACUCAUUUAUGGUGCAACUGCUUCUGUUUGCUAAUGCUGCUUUGCAAAUAAACCUUGCUGCCGACCGCUCAUGGGCAUAAGAUCCAGUGCAUCUCAGCAUUGCUUAGAGAACUCUGACACCACUUUCCAUGUUAAGGAAUCUUAAUUUAGCUACUUUACUGGGAUUUAUUGGAUGCCACCAAACAGUAAAUUUACACCGGUUAUGCAAGGGGUUUGGAUUCAGAUAAAUGAGGCAUUCUGUGGAACUGGCUUUCUUACCCCGCCCCUGCUGCUGGCAAUCCGUACUCCACAGCCAGCUGCAGAGCGGUCCCCACCCGGCUAGGAGCCAGCCCACUUCAGAUUCCUUCCAGCCCCCAGGCAGGUGGUCACGGCGCCUCGCCACGACGAGAAGGAAGGAGACGGGACUUCGGGUAACAGGUGCGCCCCUUCCUUCCCUGCGCUCCCCCUGAAGCACCGUGCCCGGCCCCCGGGGGGCUCUGCCCCCGCCCCCGGGGCACCGCCUGUAGGGGAGGGGCUGCGGGAGGCCCGAGGCACUCCGGGCCCUGUAAGUACUCCCUCCGCUCUGUGAUGUGUUCAUAGACCCCUUUGGUCUUUUCUGUUCUCUCCUGUUAAUGAAUAAAUUUGCACCAACAGCCCUGUUAGCAAGUUAGUGUUUAAGACCUUAUUUGUGUUUGGGAAAGUGAAAAUGUAACUGCUGGGAAGCCAAGACUAAUGUUUAUUUUGUGAACUAGAAGUCCUUUGUUGUAAGCGGCAGGCAGGGGAGGCUGGGAGGGGCUGGUGUGGCGACUUGCAGAUCCAUUGAGGACAUUUCGGUUCCCGAUCUUUGUAAGGAAAGUACAUUUCAACCUGAGUCUUGACAUUAAAGUAUAUGUUUACAAAAUCGCCAGUUAGCUAAGCUACGUGUAAAACCAUUAAAUAGAAACAAGACAUCUGCAGACGUUUCCUUCCAUGUUAUCUGUGCUGUUUCUGAUGGACGUGUCCGGAAUCUCACUGUUUUUCGGUAAAUCAAAAAUAAAUGACAACUAGUUCGAGA